AUGGAAGGCAUACAGCGCUACACAACGAGGCAGUCUGAGGCUUGCAAACUAUACGUUACGAUCAUGAAGGCGAAAUAUGACCUUGCAGUCAAAUAUGAUUUGGAAACACGGUUGUGGCGAUACGGCAUAUAUGCUGCAAUUGAGAAGCUUCGGGCGCACUUGAAGAUGGAACACGGGCAACUCACGGAUGGAGUGAGAAGUGCCUGGAAGAAGUUCAUUUCAACCAGCGUGGCGCUGUAUGUGGACCUCGUCGCCGCUUUCAAAGCCCAGUGGCCAUCAAUCAGGGCCGGUGGCUACCGCCGUACAGCUGUCUCACCCUGCUGGCAUCGAUCCGUUAACUACUUGGGCGACCUGAAACGAUAUGAGCAAAUGUAUCUCAAAUCUCCUGACACACCCGCGUCGGGCGUAUUGGAUUGGUCUAUUUCGCGCCGCUAUUAUAGAGAAGCUGCCAUCUUGUGCGGCGAGUCAGGUCUAUAUCACAAUCAGAUAGCCAUUGUAUCAAAUUAUGAUGAGCACUUUCUCGAGUCAUUCCAUGCUUACUUGCGAAGCUUGACCGUCAAAUCACCCUUUCUGAGCGCAAAGGACGCGCUAACGAUCCUGUUCAAGACUGUCGAAAAACGCUUGACGGCCGCUAAGCUUUCGCGCAGGCGCGGGAUAGUCGAUGCUCAGAUGAUGAAAAUGGACUUCAUCCGCAUGCAUGAGAUUCUUUUCACCAAAGUCAGCACGGAGCAUUUCCCGACAUACCUAUCAGAGUUCGCGUCUCAACUCAAGUAUUUCGAGCCCCUCGUGACCUCGGACUCUGACGAAGCUGCCUUGGUCUUUUUGCAAUUCGCUUCGGCAAAUGGCAGCAUGUCGCAGCUCGGAAAGUUCACUGCUACAAGUGAACAGGACCGAGAUCCGCUCAAAGACCAUCUGGUGUCGCUUGCUAUGCAUGUCAUGACUUUCUGCUUGUCGAACUUGCUGAAAAGCACAUCCAGUGGAGAUGAAAAUUUUGCCAGUUUGAGCCAAGGAGGGUUGUUGUAUGUUUGGAUAACGUUAUUCUGGAUGGCUUCACUGGAGGAAGCAUGGUUGACGUACUUACAACAACCGCGUUAUGUUCACUUUUGGUCUUCCUUGGCAAAUUUCUGCAACGCGCUGCAAAGCGUCAUGGCUGAAGGGGAGUCGGCAAGAACCACACUUGAAGAUGUUGUGGGUGUGGAGAUCUUACCUGAGGAUUGGGAGCUUAACGGUUCUAUGCUCUUCACGGGUGCCUUCCGAUCGAAAGAGUUCCAGAGUCUGCUGCACCGAGAUGCGGCUGAAGUUGAUUCGCUCGUAGAUCAGCAUCUUGACAGCAGGGGCAUGGCCCGACUGCGAGCUGGCGACUUGAAUGCUACGCGGAGACGAUUGUGGCGUAUCUUGCAAGUGUCGAGAUUGCUCUGCCCUAAGAUUUCCCAUCUGACAUACAAUGAGGAAACCGGCCGCUUCUCCGUAGUUACUCACGUCGAACCAAUAGCAACGCUCGGUGAACCUAUAUUGGUUGGUGUCGAAGAAGAGGAGGAACUGGAGUAUGUUCCUCAUAUUGGCGAAGAGAGCACGCCCGCCGGAUCCGAGGUGGACGUCAUCGUUGACGAGGCGGUUCAGGGCCUAAUGGAAGCAAAACGCCAACUCAAUUCUGCGAUCGAUUCGCGAAACCGCUUUCUGUCCUCGCACAAGAGUGAAGGAACACAGUCUUCAUCGAGGAUGGUGCCGGGGGAGACCACCAUUGUCUUUGACACCAACAUUUACCUCUAUUGGUUGGAUGGUAUUGUGGACCUCGCCAAUUCGGGAGAUUGGGUCAUUAGCGUGCCACUAGUUGUCGUCAGCGAACUCGAUGGACUGAAAAAUAGCGAUGACGACGUAGGACUAGCCGCCAAGCGAGCGGUACAGUUCUUGGACACUGAGUUCGGAACAGGCAUGGAGUCGGAACGCUCCGUUCGCCGCAAAGCCUGGCUAAAACUGCAGACUAGCCAAGGCAACUUCCUCCACGACCUACGUAUCCGCACCGAGGACUGGACAACGCAGGAAUCUGCGCAUGAGAGGAAGAAGAAUAACGACGAUGUGAUCCUGCAAUGCUGCUGGUACUUUAUGCAGAACGCGCGACAGCCCAAGAACGUCAGUCCGGUCGUGCUUGUCACGGACGAUGUGAACAUGAAGCUCAAAGCGCGGACUAUGGGUAUCGAUGUGCGCGACCGGACGGCUUUGAAGACUCUCAGAGGGGAGCGGGACUGA